AACUUGCCCUUCUCAAACAUGGCCGCCACGGCGCCUCUGGAAGGGAACCGCUCUGGGCCCCGCCUUUGAUCUCGUUGGUGGGGCUGGGGGAUGAGAGCUGCACCGCGCGGGACAAGUCGCCGGCGGCGCCCGACGGAGCAGAAGAGAGAGCAUGGAGCUGGAGAGGAUCGUCAGUGCAGCCCUCCUUGCCUUUGUCCAGACGCACCUCCCGGAGGCCGACCUCAGUGGCUUGGAUGAGGUCAUCUUCUCCUAUGUGCUUGGGGUCCUGGAGGACCUGGGCCCCUCAGGCCCAUCAGAGGAGAACUUCGAUAUGGAGGCUUUCACUGAGAUGAUGGAGGCCUAUGUGCCUGGCUUCGCCCACAUCCCCAGGGGCACAAUAGGGGACAUGAUGCAGAAGCUCUCAGGGCAGCUGAGUGAUGCCAGAAACAAAGAGAACCUGCAACCGCAGAGCUCUGGUGUCCAAGGUCAGGUGCCCAUCUCCCCAGAGCCCCUGCAGCGGCCCGAAAUGCUCAAAGAAGAGACUAGGUCUUCUGCUGCUGCUGCUGCGGACACCCAAGAUGAGGCAACUGGCGCUGAGGAGGAGCUUCUGCCAGGGGUGGAUGUACUCUUGGAGGUGUUCCCUACCUGUUCGGUGGAGCAGGCCCAGUGGGUGCUGGCCAAAGCUCGGGGGGACUUGGAAGAAGCUGUGCAGAUGCUGGUAGAGGGAAAGGAAGAGGGGCCUGCAGCCUGGGAGGGCCCCAACCAGGACCUGCCCAGACGCCUCAGAGGCCCCCAAAAGGAUGAGCUGAAGUCCUUCAUCCUGCAGAAGUACAUGAUGGUGGAUAGCGCAGAGGAUCAGAAGAUUCACCGGCCCAUGGCUCCCAAGGAGGUGAGAGAGUUAAGGGUUGCUGGGGAUGUGGAAUGGGUGGGACUGGCUCCUGGCUUCUGCCACUCACUGCCUGAUUGCCUGACAGGCCCCCAAGAAACUGAUCCGAUACAUCGACAACCAGGUAGUGAGCACCAAAGGGGAGCGAUUCAAAGAUGUGCGGAACCCUGAGGCCGAGGAGAUGAAGGCCACAUACAUCAACCUCAAGCCGGCCAGAAAGUACCGCUUCCAUUGAGGCACUCGCCGGACUCUGCCCGAGCUGUCUAGGCUCAGAUCCCAGAGGGAUGCAGGAGCCCUAUACCCCUACACAGGGGCCCCCUAACUCCUGUCCCCCUUCUCUACGUCUUUGUUCCAUAGUGUUAACCUACUCUCGGAGCUGCCUCCAUGGGCACAGUAAAGGUGGCCCAAGGAAGGU